AUGACUGUUGGAUUGCAAAGUGAAGAUGCACUUAUGUCAAAUGGAAAAAGGGAUGGAAAGGGAGAUUUCAUUGGUUAUCCAAUUUAUCAAAACAAAGAUUUGUUUGAUCGAUUGAUUACAACAUAUCAAGAAAGACGAAGAAAUAAGAGAAAUGGUGAAGUCAUAAAAGGAAUUCUUCUUGCUAAUUGUAAACCGGGAAGAAAUAGACUUGAAUAUUAUGCAAAUUGCCGUGAAGCUCAAGAACUUGUUCUUGAUGAUGUUCAUCGUGUUCAUGAUGUUCAAGGAAAAGAAGUUCAAAACAAUGGAGUUCAAUGUGAUGUGAUAAUGAGUGAAGCCGAAGCAAGUAAUCAAGCUAUAGAACCAUAUAUAACCGAAGAUAUUGACACAAAUGAUUACAUGGAAGCAACAUAUGAACAUGAAAAAAUAAACAGUAUCGGUGUGAACAUUGAAUUUGAUGAAGAUGAUAUUAAUGAUGAAACGAUAUUAGGAAAGAUUUUUGAUACACCCGAUGAUGCCUAUACAUUUUAUAAUGAUUAUUCAUUUUUGCAUGGCUUUGGUAUACGUAGAGAUGACACAAUUAAAAAUCCUAAAACAAAUGAGCCUUUUCGGAAGAUAUAUGUAUGCAACAAAGAAGGUUUCAAACGGAUGGACAAAAAUGAUUCAAGUGAAAAUGAGAAAAAACGUCAUAGAGAUGUGAGAACCGGAUGUCAAGCAAAGAUUCGAAUAACAAGACAGGAGGAUGGGAAAUGGUUGGUGGACUCCUUUAAUGACAUACACAAUCACGACUUGACCAUGACACCUACGAAGGUUAUGAAGCAUCGAUCUCAUAGCAAUUUCCACCGUUCAAUAGAAGGUAAAUCUCUUAUGGUGCAAUUUGGUGAAGCAGGGUUGAGACCUUCUCAAAUUAAAAAGGUUGUUAACACAAUGAAAACCUCAAAUGUAGCUAAUGUAACUUCAAAGCAAUGUGCUGAUGUCUUAUCUGAGCAUCGAAAACAACAUAGAGGAAAGGAGUUCUAUGGACUUAUAAAACAUUUUCAAGAUAAAACAUUAGUUGACAAUGACCAAUAUUUUGUCGUGGAUUUGUCUGAUGAUGGGUAUCCUAGAAAUAUCUUUUGGGCUGAUGGUAGAUCAAGAGAUGCCUAUACAAAAUUCAGAGAUGUUGUCGUGUUUGAUGUCACUUAUAUGACUAACAAAUUCAAGAUGCCUUUUGCUCCCUUUACUGGAGUGAAUCAUCAUGGACAGUCUAUACUUUUUGGUGGAGCAUUGCUUGAAAACGAAAAGGAAGAGACAUUUGAAUGUGAUUUUCAAGAAACGCACAAACAAUGGGUAAAUAGUGACACCAUUGAACAAUUUGAAGCAACAUGGGAGGUUAUGCGUACUAAGUAUGAACUCAAAAGCAACUGUUGGAUUAGUGACAUGUAUAACCAACGUAUACAUUGGGCUAAACCCUUCUUGAAUGAUACUUUCUUUGCUGGUAUGACAACAACCGGACGAAGUGAGAGUAUCAAUUCAUUUUUUGAUGGAUUUGUUAAUUCGAGGACCAUGUUGAAUGAAUUUGUUGUACAAUACGACAAAGCAAUUGAGUCUCGAAGGGCCGCCGAAGAAGAUGAAGACUUCAAGACUAUGAACUCAAGGCCGGUUCUUUCUUCAGUGCAUCCAAUCGAAGCAAAAGCAGGUCAAUGUUAUACUAGAAAGAUGUUUGAUACUUUCAAAAAAGAAUGGACUGAAGCUAUUACCAAUUUGACUCAUGAGACUAUAGGAAAAACUACAGUGGAAAGCACAUACCGAGUUGGGCAAUUGGAUGUUGAUAAAAAAUAUUGGCGCAUUGUUACCUAUCGUUCUUUGGAUCAUGUCAACGUCACAUGUUCCUGUGCGAAGUAUGAGACAAAUGGGAUUUUAUGUAAACAUAGCCUAUAUGUGAUGAAGAAGAAGCAUGUUAAGGAACUCCUGAGUCACUAUAUUUUACCACGAUGGACCCUUAAUGCUAGGUACAAACUAGGUAGUGCUAGUAUCGGACUCGGAGAAAUGAAUACUGAAAAUGGAGUUAGUGCCUACACACUAUGGUGUGUCCGUUCAAAUUUUACAAAACUAAUUGAACAAGCUAGAGACUCCCCUUUAGAGAUACAAAAAGUCAAUACGCUAUUGAUAAGUCUUUUAGAUGAUCAAACAAAUCGAAAGAAAUCUAUGUCUUUAGAGAAUGCAUCUCAAGGUUCUUGUAUGGGAGUUUCGCAAAUAGAUAUGAUGCCACAGUUAUCUGUCCGCGAUCCUGUUGGUCCAACUACUACAAAAGGGCGUCCUAAACUUGCAAGUAGAAUCAAGUCUUCUUUAGAAGCCCCCAAAAAACGAACAUGCUCUUACUGUCAAGGAUUAGGUCAUUAUGCUACUAGUUGUUUAAAAAGAAAGGCGGAUGAAUCGUUGCAAGAAACAUAA